AUGAGUCAACGGGAGAGGGGUCAGAGUCAACGAGUCAGGGAGCAGGGCAUGAGUCAACGGGAGAGGGGUCAGAGUCAACGAGUCAGGGAGCAGGGUAAGAGUCAACGGGAGAGGGGUCAGAGUCAACGAGUCAGGGAGCAGGGUAAGAGUCAACGGGAGAGGGGUCAGAGUCAACGAGUCAGGGAGCAGGGUAGGAGUCAACGGGAGAGCGGUCAGAGUCAACGAGUCAGGGAGCAGGGUAAGAGUCAACGGGAGAGCGGUCAGAGUCGACGAGUCAGGGAGCAGGGUAGGAUUCAACAGGAGAGGGGUCAGAGUCAACGAGUCAGGGAGCAGGGUAGGAGUCAACAGGAGAGGGGUCAGAGUCAACGAGUCAGGGAGCAGGGUAAGAGUCAACGGGAGAGGGGUCAGAGUCAACGAGUCAGGGAGCAGGGUAAGAGUCAACGGGAGAGGGGUCAGUGUCAACGAGUCAGGGAGCAGGGAAGGAGUCAACGGGAGAGGGGUCAGAGUCAACGAGUCAGGGAGCAGGGUAAGAGUCAACGGGAGAGGGGUCAGAGUCAACGAGUCAGGGAGCAGGGUAAGAGUCAACAGGAGAGGGGUCAGAGUCAACGAGUCAGGGAGCAGGGAAGGAGUCAACGCGAGAGCGAGUGGGGUAAAGAUUGA